AGAAACUCCGAAUCAGUCAACAUGCCGUCGGAGCAGCCCUACGGCCGCGGUCUAACCUGGAGCAAAAGCGAGAUCCGCUGCUUCUUGGACAUCUGGUCGGAUGACUUCAUCAGGACCCAGCUGUCCACCAAGCACAAGAACAGCGGCGUGUUCGCGCUGUUCUCCGAGCGGCUCCUGGCGAAGGGCUUCAGCCGCUCCGUGGAGCAGUGCCGCAUCAAGGCGAAGAAGCUCCGCCAGGACUACAUGCGAGUGCGCAGAGCCCUGGACGAAACGGGCGGCCGGGGGGUCGAUCAGAAGCAGCUGAUGUGGUUCGACAAGCUGCACAAAAUUCUUGGGACGAAGGCAGUUUGCGAUCCGGUGGAUGUGGUGGAGUCCUAUGAGAACCAGCCGACCCCCUUCGUCCCCGCGGACAACACGCGUCCGCCCUCCGCUGGCAUGUCCCCGGUGUCCGAGGACACGAGUGUUGACGGAGUGGAAUCAAGUAAUUCUUCCAGUACCACUGAAUGGACAAACACUGGUACAGAUGAAGGAGUGUCUGGGUGUUCCACUGGUCCGACGACGGCUGAGAAUACACCUCAGCGACUCAUACCAACGAGAUUGCCCAUUCCUGGAGCACAGGCCCGCAAAAGGAGAGCGAAGUCCUCCAGCACUGACAUCGACUUCAGGGAAUACAUGAUUGCCUGUAAGAAGAUGAUGGCGGACAUGAUCGCUGCUGAAGAGCGGCACAUGGCGAGGGAGGAAGCUGCGUUUGAGAGGCUGCUCCAGGCACAAAGAGAAGAUUCUGAGAGGACAUUUCAGGCCAUGUUGGCUCAGCAACAGGCCACCAAUCAGAUGUUCAUGCAUCUCAUUGGCAUACUCACACGGGGAAUCAGUUCUUCUCAGCAGUCUUCCUCAGCGACACCAGCUUCGGAGACAGCAUCUACAUCAACACCGUCCCCCAACGCCUCGUCCACGCCACAGCAUAAGCAGGGGGAAGAAGGACUGUCGUACUCUUGCAGCCAGCAGAUCAAGGAGGAGUUUGAGGCGAUCGACAAGCUGAAAACCGAAGCCGUCAGUAGCUGCUCGUUUCCCGACGGGAGGCUUCAGACAGACAAAACUAAUCACGAUAAGGAGACUGAGAGCAAUCUGACAAUGAGAACGAGCGUCGAGGAGAAAUCUCAUCAGAGUGUUGGUUCACAGGCCGAAGACAGCAGCACACACACGCACACCAUCGUCAUAAAAGACGAACCUGACCCCAUGGACUGAAACACUGACUGCUGGGACUGUGUGCCAGUUGUGUUAUAGUUACAUUAGUAUUUUUAUAAGUGGAUACAGUAAAUACAUGUGCACUGAAAAUUUCCAGCUGACUUUUUCUUGCCAUUCCAAAAUGACCAAUUAUUUACCUCUUCCUGGAAAUUGUUGUAAUACAUGACUUACUCAGAUCUUUGCAGCUUCUGCUGUUAGAGCCAUUGAAUGUAUCAAAAAUUUUAGGUACCGUACUAUGAGAAUUACUGGGGCAUUUGAAAGCCUUUUUAAAGGACUGUGAUUUUUCUAUUUGUGUAUUAAACCUUUUCUUUCUUGAGAACAAUCAUUAAAGAACAAUUCUUUGUGUAUUCUUGUUCAACAUUAAAAAUAUGACAGUUCAUAUGAUUUGA